CUCGUUUUGACGGCAUUGAGAGAGUUUGGUUGCUUUCCACUCUGUGUGUUUUUGUACCGUGUUGAAUCUGGUAAACUCGCGAGCAUGGCUGGUGAGAAGUCGUUUUAUGACAUCAAGGCGAAGACGCUGACGGGCGAGGAAUUUAAGAUGUCGUCUCUGCAGGGCAAAGUGGUGCUGAUCGAGAACGUGGCGUCUCUCUGAGGCACCACCACCAGGGAUUACACCCAGAUGAACGAGCUCCAUGGGCGCUUCUCGGCGCAGGGACUCGUGAUUCUAGGGGUGCCCUGCAACCAGUUUGGCCAUCAGGAGAACUGUAAAAACGAGGAGAUCCUGAUGUCCCUGAAAUACGUCCGUCCCGGAAAUGGCUUUGAGCCGAAGUUCCAGCUUUUGGAGAAGGUCGACGUGAACGGGAAAGACGCUCACCCUCUGUUCGUCUUUCUCAAGGAGAAGCUUCCGUUCCCAAGUGACGAGCCGACUGCCUUAAUGGGCGACCCCAAAUGCAUCAUCUGGAGUCCGGUGUGCAGAAACGACAUUUCCUGGAACUUCGAGAAGUUCCUUAUCGGCCCAGAUGGCGUCCCGUUCAAGCGCUACAGCAGAAGAUACUUGACCUGCGACAUCGAGGCAGACAUAAAGAAGCUUCUGGGCAUUGCCAUAUAAAGCAUUUUGUAGUUGUGUAGUCUUGUGUAGCUCGUUGUGACGUCUCGUGAACGAUGCUGCUGUUUUGGGACUCUUUACUUGAUGAUGAUGCUCUUUUAAACAUUGUGAGGGGCGAUCUGAUGUUCUGUAAAAGUCUUAACUCCACAGCUGCAUCGAGCUCGUGCAUGGCACAACAAGCCCUUUGUGGUACAAAUAAAUGUUAUUUCCAAAA